GUUAAAACAAGUUUGUGAUAGUCUAAUGUAUAAUUAAUUAAAUUAUACAUGAUGGUGGUGGUUUAAUUUAUAAUUUAUUUUGCAAUGUAGUGUUCAUUACGACUUGCAUAGUUUGGUGCGAUAUGGAUAGAUAGCGGUAGUAUCGGCAUUAAUCAACAUGAUAUUUGGUUAAAAAUAAAAUUGUCAAAAUCUCGCCAGAACUGAGAUGUAGCAAAUGUAAAUUUGUAUACAAAUACACGAAAACAGUGAAAAGGUGAUAAUUUACAAUCAAAUAGCAUUUGAUAUUAGUAAACAGACCAGUUUUUAAAAAUGUUGGAGCACGAAUUCGUCGAAGUCAACCACAUAAACACAUUUUUAUCAUUUUUAUGGAAUAUUGAAUGGCGAGACCCGUGGCUGAUAGCCCUUUUUACGUUUCACAUUUCCAUAUUUAUGAUGGCAAUUUUAACAAGAAAUUACGGAAAUUUUCAAGCUUUAAUAUUCCUCUGUUUAUUGUUGUUAGUGUAUUUUUCUGAAAAAAUCAACAAACUGGCCUCGACGAAUUGGAAGAUAUUUUCGAGGCAGCAGUACUUUGACAGCAACGGACUUUUUAUAUCCGUGGUAUUUUCUGUGCCCAUUCUCAUUAACUGCAUCCUCAUGGUGGGGAGUUGGCUGUACCAAUCGACGCAACUGAUGGCCAAUCUAAAAAUAGCCCAAUUGAAGGAGCAACGGCGAAAAGAACUAGAGAUUAUCAGACAAAAAUCCAAAGAAGAAUAAGAAGCAAAACUUUUACUAAUUAUAAUAUUUUUUUUGUUCAAUUCAUUUCCUAAGAUCUACGGAAAACAAAUAUUAGAAUAGUAGACAUUAAAAAACACUUUGAAAAAAUAUAUAUUUAGCAAAUAUGAGCCUGUCCAAACAGCAUUAGUAUAGCUGUCGUCCCUCCAAUUCAAAUGAGGUUCCUAGCAACGAUUUUCUUCAAAUUAAUGAAAUUAAUAUUAAAAUAGUU